AUAUCGAUCAAUCCUGCUGUUUCCUACAAGAUUAUGAAAAUUUGUGUCGUCUGUAGUAAACGAACAGAUGGCGGCGCAGAAUGUUCCCAAAAUGAACCAAACUUAGCUUUUUAUUAUUAAAUAAUUUAACCAAUUAACUGAUUAUAUCUUUGACGAUUGAUUAGCGAUUAAAGGGGAAAUGACUGGUAUGAAAUUAAUGGUCUUCAUCUAAUUUGCUUUCGAACAAUUAUUUAUUUUUGUAGAUACAACAGAACAAAUGGAGGAAAUCCACAAAAGACUCCUUGCUAACGUGAAGAAAGAGGUUAAACAAAUUAUGGAGGAAGCUGUAACCAGAAAGUUCGUGCAUGAAGAAAGCAGUUCUAUUACAUCGUUAUGUGGUGCUGUUGAAGUUUGUAUCCAACAAGGACUUCGGAAGCGUGCCUUAGGUUUAUUCAAGAAUAGUUCUAAUACACAAGCGCUUCUCUCCAAAUUAAGUCGGACAUUCGAACCUGCUACAAUCGUUUCAAAAGCAUUGGCAGAAUACGAAAGCGGGAAAUCAAAUAAUCGAUCAUUGAUGCAAGGUCGCAAUCAAGCAGCUAAUCCAGUGAAGUAUUUAUGGAUUCGUAUUGCUUUGUUCGAGAAGCAAUUAGCAAAGAUUGUUUCCCAUUUAUCAGAGAAUAAUAGCAAAUAUUAUGAGAAGGAUGCUCUUAUGGCUAAUCCAGUUGACGGCCCAAUUGUCGGAUCACUGUUGGUGGGACCUUGUGCCCUUGAUUAUACAAAGAUGAAAACUCCAGAUCAUUACUGGACCGAUCCACCAGCUGAUGAAUUAGUUCAGCGUCACCGAAUACACUCCAAUGCUGUUAAGCCUAAGCAUUUAAGUAAACAAGACUCCCCUAAGCGUCCAAGUUUACAUGUACGCAGAAACACAAGUUCAAGUAGCGAAGAGAGUAUGCGGAGCGUUCCAUUAUCCGCGAAAGACUACGUCGAAAGCCUUCAUCAAAAUUCCAAAUCAACAUUGCUCUACGGGAAGAAUAAUGUAUACGUUCAAGCGAAGGUUGAAAAUGAAAAGCUACCUGGAUAUUUGUCUCUCCAUCAGUCGGGUGAUGGUCUAUGCAUAAAAUGGACUCCGAAUCAAUUAAUGAACGGAUGUGGGACAAUGGCAACAGCCAAUUCCACAAAUGGUAAUCAUAAAGAAAACGGAAAUUCUACCGAUGAUGCUGAACGAAAUAACAGCGUCCUUUGGGACUAUGCUGUGAAUAUAUUUGUAGAUGAUAUUGUCUAUCUACAUUGCCAUCAAAAGCAGGAUACUGGAGGAACAAUUGUCUUAGUUGGACAAGAUGGAGUGCAAAGGCCUCCUAUCCAUUUUCCCAAAGGUGGUCAUUUAUUGGCAUUUCUUUCUUGUCUUGAAAAUGGUUUACUACCGAACGGCAGAUUAGAUCCACCAUUAUGGUCACAAAGAGGUAAAGGUAAAGUGUUCCCUAAAAUGAAACGUAAAGCAAGUCGUAAUUCUCCACUUUCAAUAUGUGAAGACUUUCAAUCACAAGAUGACGAAUCAACGGAUUAUGUUUUCAGAAUUGUCUCUACGUCAAGGCCUAUUUGUAGUACUGCUGACCUACUUGAAACAAAACCAAAAUUGUCGCAUUCAACCGCAUUCCCUUUCCCUCCACCAAAUAGUAGACAACACAGUGAUGGUAAAUGGUGGAGUGUAUCUAGUGAUGGUACUCUUAGCGAUAGUGAAAUCUUACAAAAGCAAAAGGAACAACAACAGCAGCAUGAGGAAGCUGUCAAACAGCUCUGCGAUACAAUGAAAAAACAGAUAAUAUCGAGAGCCUUUUACGGAUGGUUGGCUCAUUGCAGGCAUUUAAAAACGGUUCGAACACAUUUAACUGGUCUUGUCAAUCCAAUAUUAGUAGGGUCGGAUGAAAAUGGCCAUCUAUCAGAAGAGAAUUGGAAGAGAUUGGCCUGUUUAGAUGGAAAUGGCAUUCCCGAGGAGAACAUACAUGACAUUCAUAAGUUAAUUUAUUACGGCGGUUGCGAUCACAAUAUUAGGAAGGAGGUAUGGCCAUAUUUACUUGAGCAUUAUUCACCUGGAUCUAGUCGAGAAGAGAGAAAAGAGAGAGAUAGACAAAUGAAAGAUCAUUACGAAAAUGUAAUGUCACAAUGGUUAGCCGUUGAGGCUAUUGUUCGCCAACGAGAUAAAGAGUUAAUGGCAGCUAGCAUGGCCAAAUUGGCAAACCCACAUAUAAAUGAUUCGUUGACUCUAGUCAGGAAUGAUUCCAGCUUGUCGAAUGACGUGUUUGAAAGUGUUGAUGACGCGGAACCAUCAACUGGUGCUUCUAAGCAAUCACCGCUGGUUGAGUGUCCUGAAUCUGAGAUGUCUGUAGAUCGGCCUACUUCAUUAGGUUCACCACCCCCAUUACUGCCGCCUGCUACCCAAACUCCACACUCUACACCUACGUCACCAGCGUCAAAUGGUGGUGUUUAUUCAGGAGCUAUGUUGGAAAAUGUUGCUCUUAAUUGGCAUCGAAUAGAUAAGGAUGUACAACGUUGCGACAGAAACUAUCCCUAUUUUUCAACAUCUGUCAAUUUAGAUAAGCUGCGUAAUAUUAUGUGUACAUAUGUAUGGGAGCGUUUAGACGUGGGUUACGUUCAGGGAAUGUGCGAUUUGGUAGCACCUCUUCUUGUUGUGCUAGACGAUGAAGAACUAACAUAUAGUUGCUUUUGCGAACUAAUGAAGAGAAUGUCUGCAAAUUUCCCUCAUGGAAUUGCAAUGGAUCAACAUCUCGCUAAUAUGCGUUCCCUUAUACAGAUUUUAGAUUCCGAACUUUUCGAACACAUGCAUCAUAAUGGUGAUUAUACCCACUUUUACUUCUGCUACAGAUGGUUUCUAUUAGACUUCAAAAGGGAACUCGUUUAUGAAGAUAUUUUUAGCGUUUGGGAAACAAUUUGGGCAGCAGCGCAUAUAAGCUCUAAACAUUUUGUCUCAUUUAUUGCCUUGGCUCUAGUUCAAACUUACAGGGGUAUUAUACUCGAUAAUAAUAUGGACUUUACAGAUAUUAUAAAAUUCUUUAACGAAAUGGCUGAAAGGCACAAUGCCAAGGAAGUUUUGUCUAUUGCUCGUGACCUUGUUCGGAAAUUGCACGAAUUAAUAGAGAAUAAAUGA